AUGAAUCCCUCCACGAGAACCAACCCCCAGAACUCCCACGCCGGGCCUCAGACAACCAGUGGCAAAGCUUCAGCCACGCAGACGCCCGCCAAUGCCCACCUUGGGAAAGAUAAGCCCGCGUUGUUCGACGAGCACGGCAAGGUCGGGAAACAGUUCACUCCUGAGGGCGCCUUAGGCGGAGCUGCGCAAAAAGUCGGCGGGCCUCUGGAUAAGGAGGGUAUAAUUGGCAGGCAGUUCACUCCUGAAGGGGGGAUUGGAGGUACGGUGCAGAAUAUGAUGGGUGGGACGAGUAAGAAGUCUAAUUAG